GGUCACGUGAUCGACAAUUACAAAAUGGCAGAAGGGGAGUGAUCGCUUCCUCUCCCAGAACGCACACAAAUUUGUUUGUUGGUGUUGUGCUUUCACUUUAACUAGGGACAUACUUUGAACCGAAAAGAUGCAUUUUUCAAUACCGGACACGCAAGAAUGCAAGGAUGACAGUGGAUCUUCCUAUACAUCCUACAACAUGUAUAUCAAUGGUGUGUUCCACUGUUCUGUAAGAUUCCGACAACUACAUCAGUUUCAUGAACAGUUGAAGAAAGAAUUUGGUGCUUCGUCUCUUCCCCCAUUCCCUCCAAAGAAGUUCCUCCCUCUGAGUCCCCCCCAAGUGGAGGAGAGGAGGAACAUGCUGGAGCACUACGUUCAACUGGUGAGCCAAGAUACAGAGAUAGCAAACAGUGAACGCUUCAAUGGAUUUCUUCUCAGUGCACAACAGGAGACUCAGAAAGAGGAGGCAGAGCGGGUCACGCUGGAUGUGUUUCUGAUGAAUGGUCAUAAGAUUGUGGUCAACAUCCUCUCAACUGACCAGACCGAGGAUGUGCUGGAGAAAGUUGCAUCACAAAUUGAAAUACCAGAUCAAUAUGUGUACUAUUUUGGUAUAUUUCUGGUGAGGAAAGAAGAAGGGGGAGACAAUUCAAUUGUAAGAAAGUUCCAAGAUUUUGAAUCACCCUACAUUUCCUUAAAGGCAGCUAAUAAGGAAGGAGUCCAUCGAAUUGUCCUUAGAAAAAGUUUCUGGGACUCCUCCUUUGAUGACGACCUCAUGGAUAACAAGAUCACCAUGAACCUUUUGUACGUCCAAACUGUGAGUGACAUUGAACGCCAGUGGAUACUUGCCACCAAAGACCAGCUGAAGCAUCUUGCCACGCUCAACCAGAAAGGGUCCAAGAAGGAGUACCUGCGCCUAGCGCGAACACUCAAGUACUACAACUACAUUCAGUUCCGGCCAUGCAAUACCGACUACCCCAACCCUAACUCCCGCGUCCUCAUAGCAGCAGGGAACAAGGAGCUCAACUUCCGUGUACAGGUUGACAAUCAAAUGAAAGAAGGCAGCUUUAAAAUUACACGGAUGAAGUGUUGGCGAAUUACAACAACGUUUCCCGAUGAUCAGGAGGAAGGGACAAAGGACUCUAAGCCAAACUUGGAGUUGUCAUUUGAAUAUUUGAUGGCCAGGGAUUCCUUGAAGUGGAUUACGAUCACAAGUGAACAGGCAAUGUUGAUGAGUAUGAGUCUACAGGCAAUGGUGGAUGAGCUUAUCAUGAAGAAACAAGGACGAAAAUUCAAGAAGCCUUCAGACCGACUGAAGAACCCAUCUCGAGGUGUGGUGAGUGGGUUUGGUACCAACAGACAGUCUUCCUACGCAAAUGGAGAGCUGCCUCAGGAUAUUAUGGAGGAAAACCAAAAUGAAGAACAGAGUGCAAUAAACAAAGCAAUGGGGUCCAUGAAGAAGAUAUCAGAUAAACUAUCGAAGAGUUCUUCCAAGGCUGACAAUGGCCUAACAGAAAACACAGCAUUCGAAGGGAUAGGCGAUGAUGACUUGUGAUCACAACCAGUGAAGAAACAGACUAUUCCAGCCAUACUCAGUGGGACAUCCCUUCAGUCACACGCUAUAGGGCAGAUGAGGUUGAUGACACUGAUCAGGAAGCUACUCACUCUUGUUAGGCUUACAGGGAAGUUGUAUGUCUUGCUUUGGAAGCUGCGAAAUGUUGAAAUAGCGAGCUUGCCAAUGAUAAGGAGUGUCACAAUACAUUAAGGGGCGGUCGGGUAGCCUAGUGGUUAAAGCGUUUGCUCGUCACGCCGAAGACCCGGGUUCGAUUCCCGACAUGGGCACAAUGUGUGAAGCCCAUUUCUGGUGUCCCCCGCCGUGAUAUUGCUGGAAUAUUGCUAAAAGCGGCGUAAAACCAUACUCACUCACUCACUCAAUCACAAUACAUUAAACAGUACACCAUGAUACUAUGUGGCACAUGAUAAGAGACAAUGACAACAUUUACAUCUAGGAUAUCAGAGACUUUACUAGCUGUUAUCCUCAGUCAGUUUUUGAAACAUUUAGCAGUGAAAUCUGAAUGAUAAUAAAUUUAUGUUAAAAGCUGCGAAUUAAAAAAAUAUAUAAAUAAUUCGAGUUUGAAUUCAGUUAAAGGACAAAGUCUUUGAUCUUGAUUUACUUAUUCUUCAGAUUUCUCAAUCCAAUUGCAUCCAAUUUUGCAGUAUGUACAAAUGUUGUGUUGUAUCGAUACAAUGAUGAAUUGUGACUCCCCUUUCAAUAAUGUAUAAAUGUAGAGAGCAGUGAAUUGUAAAUAUGGCUAGACAGCUAGACAGUGAAUGUGAUGAAAUGUUUUCAAGUAUGCUCGCAAUGCAUCUGUGUCUCUUGCAAGUCUCAAGUCUUAACACUGAUUCAGGAUACAUCCGUGGAUGCUAUUGUAGUACCAUUGUUGAGAUGGAGGACUCUUUGGUCCUGUAGGCACUUUGGAAGGUGCAACUAAUUCAUUUUGAUUAAUAUUUGUAUGUUUUGAAUGGCAUAACAUGGUGCUAUAUUACCGGGUCCCCAAACACAGUUAUCAUGAAAGGAAGGUUGAAAUAUAGACAUGUAAAUUACAUUCUCAGUUUCAUCUACAUUUUAGAGAUUAGUACAGCCACACAAGGAAUGUGGCACAUACACCACAU